CUAUAAUUUUCCUUUAAAAUGUCUACCGAUGGGAGUACAAAUCCCUUUAAGUAUUUUCUAGCUGGUGGUUUCGGCGGUGUAUGCACAGUAUUAGUGGGUCAUCCAUUGGACACUAUUAAAGAAAGGUGUACUUGACAAGUACUACAAGUGAAAUUGGCUGUUCCGUUUUACUUGUGUCUCAUUUACCGAAAAUCCUCGGAACUGCAUCAGUGACAAAUAAUUAUACAAGUAACAACCAGCACCAAAUAUUGGCCAAGUACACCAGUCAUGGGAAUCCGGCUUUAGACAAUAAUAUAUAAUAUAUUAAGUUUUGACCCAUUCAUAAGAGUGUGCUUAUAUGAUUUUCAGAUACGACCAAUAAUAUUUUAGGGCCCAUUUACUUGCCUGGUUAGAUUACAAACGAUGCCACCAGUUCAGUUAGGUAAAAUACCUAUUUACAAUGGUGCAUGGGAUUGUGCUGUUAAAACCGUUAAGAAAGAAGGGUUUUUUGGUUUAUAUAAAGGUAUGGCAGCUCCAAUAACUGGUGUAGCUCCAAUAUUUGCUAUAAGUUUCUUAGGAUUUGGAUUGGGUAAAAAAGUAUUUUCAUCUACUGGAGAUAAAAAAGAAAAUUUAACACCGUCACGACUAUUUUGUGCUGGAGCCUUUUCUGGUAUUUUUACAGCUAUCAUAAUGGUACCAGGAGAACGCAUUAAAUGCAUUUUACAAGUACAGGAAAUUGGUAACCAAAAAUAUGAUGGUCCAAUCAGCGUUAUUAAAAACUUAUAUACUGAAGGUGGUAUAAGAAGCUUAUACAAAGGGACAUGUGCUACAUUACUUAGAGAUAUACCUGCUUGUGGUGUGUACUUUACUACGUAUGAAUUAUUAGUUAGGUAUCAAAAAAAUAAUAACUCGGAAGGACUCAUAAACACAAUAUUUGCUGGAGGAAUGGCUGGUAUACUGAAUUGGUUAAUUGCUAUGCCUGCGGAUGUGCUCAAGAGUCGUUUACAAAUUGCACCGGAAGGAAUGUAUCCGAGAGGCAUUCGAGACGUAUUUGCAAAACUAUACAGAGAAGAAGGACUGAAAGCAUUGUACGCCGGUGUAACGCCAGUUAUGCUCCGAGCAUUCCCUGCUAAUGCCGCUUGCUUCUUGGGUGUAGAGUUUGGAUUAAAGGGUUUAGACUUUAUUUUUCCCCCGAAAAAAAAUAAUUCCCUAGAAAUUAACUAACAGAUAUUCUCAAAUUUCUUAUAGCUAAGGUUCAUGAAAAAUAAUUAUUGUUUGAUUUUAUAUUUUUUGUUGGGUGGUAUUAAAAUGCCUAAAAUUUAUCUCGGGUAUUAUGGGUGAUUGUAUUCUAUAUAUUUUUGCAGGCUGUGCAUAACAGUAUGUUAUAUACAAUAGGUAAUUAUUAUGCUAUUUAUGUAAAUGUAAAGCUAUCUUUAAGUUAUUGAUUUUAUUGUUUUAGUUUGAAAUUAAUGAUCUAAAUAUAAUUAAGUAACAACAAA